AUGGACGAAUCCAAAAACGAGACCGGCAAAGUGGGAGGUGUAUACACCUACUUCCAAUCCCUCACCAACCUCAUCCCCCGACGGGCGAAAAGCUUGAUCUGCGGCUGCGUAGACGACAUCAUCCUCCACAGCAUCACCUCCAUCUUCAUCAAACCCUUCAUGAGCUACGUCUUCCUCACCACGGUAGUCUUGGUCUCGAUUGCGGGGAUCGCGCACCAUCCCUUGCUCUUUGCCUUCUUCUCAAUCCUCACCUACGCGAACCAGCAUAUCGUGGAUAUGGUGAUCACCGGGUUGGUAAAGUCGGCGUCUGCGAUUUGGGUCGAUGCCGCGGUGCUGUGGUUUAUUAUGUCGGUUCACUUCUUUCGCGAGAGGAGACGACGGCUUCCGAGGAGGGAGUGGAUUGCUAGGUGGGACGUCAUCACUUUGGGGAUCAAUGCGGUUGUAUACCUUGCCCCGUGGGCGCCUCAACAGGACUUCGUGUAUGUCUCGGCCUCGACGACCGCUCCCGAGGAUGACGGGUUUCGACUGACGUGGGGAUACUACGCUUCCCUACUGCUAGUUCUCGGCCAAAUAGAGGGCGCGUUUGCGGAGAACAUUUGGCAAACGAGGCUCGAUGCCCAGAGGACACCCAAGGACAGGAAGUAUGAGUGCCUGAGGAGAGUGUGGUAUGGUUUCCGCUUCUGGGGUUGGGUUGUGUCGAAUCGGGCGAUGAUCUAUCUGUGUAAUAUGGCUGCUUGGGAUGCGGUGGUGGAGUUGGUGGUUUGGGAGUAUGUACCUGUGGCGUACGGAGGGUUGGCGUACUUUGGGAUGAUUGUUGGGAUGUUGACGUUUGUUGUGCUGUGGGCGUUGGAUCGGUGGAAGGCGAUGUGGGGGGUCAGGGUGGGUUCGAAGGGUCGUGGGAGAGAUAAGGGCGACGAUGAGGAGGACGAUGAUGAGGAUGAUGAGAGCGACGACGAUGAGAGCGACAGCGAAGGGGACGAUAGCGAUGGGGACGAGCGCGAAGAGGACUAUAACGAAGAGGACGUUGACGUUGAGGAUCAUGAGGCGCAUGAUUUCUCAGAUGGUGAGGAAUGA